CCAUGAUGCAUGUAGUGUGUGUGUACUGCAGCUGGAGUGGGCCCCAGAACAGAGAAAAGCGGUAAAGAAUCUACCUCACCAGGAAUGUCAUCAUUACCAACUUCAGAUGGAUUUAACCAUCUAGGUCAUCCUUCAGGACAGAGUCCUGAGAUUGGUGAUCAUGAGAGCUGUGCUCACUCUGACUCUGCUUCUGUCUGCCCUGAGAAGCGCAGUGACCCAGAUAGCAUCGAACUGCAAGCUUCCAAGGCUUUAAAAAAGGCUGCAACUGAAUUCCAGUUACCCUAUGAAAAGAAAGAACAUCUUCCUUUGCAGGAGCUUUCAGACCACAUUUCUUCAGCAGUCAGUGCUGCAGAAGACCAGAGUCCAGCUUUGCCUUUGCAGAAUCCAUCUGACGAUGCUAUUCUUGAGAGUAAGAUGGAGAUAUCUUCUACCGAAAAAGGUACCCAGGGCCUCGAUUCUCUUCUCCAUGUGAGACAGGAAGUUGCCACAACUAGUAGGAUGCAAACACCACAGAGGUCUCUAGGUGAAAAGGUUUGGCAUCUAGAUGAUCAGAGUCUGAGUGAAAUGAAUGACCUUCAGCAACACACAGAACCAGGGUGUGAACAGCAUGAGGUUGUACAGCAGAAUGUGCCACACGACCAAGGACAUGUGCGUAAUACUGGGAACCACGAGCUUCCUGGAGAAAGGCAACGGAAUCGACCAAAAGAUGUUGACUUAGAAACCAAUGUGAAAGGAGAGAGGCUACAGCAGAAUGUGGACCUUCCAGGUACAGAGAAAAAUACUCGAUUGUCAGGAUGUUUUGGCUGCUCAGAUUCAGAAACAUUUAUGGAUAUAGAGAUGGUUGAACAGUCCCUAGUUGUUUUGCUUAAUUCAGCCAGCAGUCAGCAUGCUCAUGUCAAGAAUAUGGAUCCGUCGGAUCUCACCUUAGAUAAUCCCUUGAUGGAAUUAGAAACAUCAAAGUGUAAUCUCGAAAUUUUGAGUAAUUCUGUUUCCACUCAGGAUGUACAGUUCCCAGAAAGUAAUGUUGAAAUGUUUAGAACAAAUAAAGAAUAUGAUCAUUGCUCCCCUCCUUUAGGUCUCCGUGGUGGUUGCCAGCCAUCUGUGCAAUCAGCAGAGGAAUCUUGCUCAUCUAUAACAGCAGCCUUGAAGGAACUUCACGGACUUUUGGUCAUUAGUAACAAACCAGUUUCAGAAAAUACAUUCGAAGAAGUUAACUAUCAAUCAAAAACCAGUGAAGUUCAGACAGGUUUUAAGGACCUCUCUGAAAGAUGGACCCAAAACGAGCAUCUUACAACUAUGCAGGAUGGACAUUGUUCACAAGUUUCCUUUCAUCAGACUGUGUCUGUAUCAGUGAAGACAGAAAAGUUAAACGCUUCAACUAGUGUUGAAAUUGAAAGGGCUGAGAAUGUUGACUUCAGGGGUCCAGGUGAUGAGCAGUUAACUGAUAAGGAAGGCCUCCCUAUGUCUAGGGAAUCUACAAACGAGAGCAGUUCUGUCACUUUAGCCUCAGCUAAAACGUCUAAUCAAUUACACUGCACCUUAGGUGUAGAAAUUUCACCCAAACUUGAAGUAGGUGAAGAGGAUACACUCAGUCAGAUUUCGGAGCAAACUAAAUCCUUGUCAUCCAGUUUUAUAUUGGUUAAAGAUUUGGGUCAUGGCACAGAGGAUCCAGUGACAGACAGACCUGAAGCCAGAGAAAAUGUUUGUCCUGAAACUGCAGGACCACUUCUGGAAUUUGAACCGCCUACUAGCCAUCUAUCAAGUCCCUCCAUUUUUCCACCAUUAAUUUUUCCUGCUACUGACAUUGACCGGAUUCUUCGUGCUGGCUUUACUUUGCAGGAAGCUCUUGGGGCGUUACAUCAAGUUGGUGGAAAUGCAGACCUUGCACUUCUUGUUUUGCUAGCAAAAAACAUUGUAGUUCCUACAUAACCAUGGAAAAAGUGGGCUAGACUGUACUCCAUUCCCUGAAAAAAAUUUAUACACACACACAUACACACACCUCACCACAUUACAGUAUAUGUAGAAAAAAAUUGCAAGCAGAAUGUUGAGCCAGGUUUUUUUUAAGGGUUUGGGGGGGGGGGUUUGUUUUGGAUUUUUUUUUUUUUGCCAUAGUAAUUUAUGAUCUCUUGUCUGAUUAAUUUGUCUAUUUGUUAAAAUUUGGACCUUUUUUAAUGUAUUGGCAGUAUGUGCAUAUGAAAGCUUUUUAUUCUCAUUAAGAUGAUGUAUUCUGGAAUAAAAUUAAUGAUUUUAUGUAUAGCAUACAAAUUUAGAAUGAGAGUGAAUGCUUUGAGAAGCAAAGGCCAUGAGAAACCCCACCGCCAGUUUCGUACAUUGGCUGUCUGCUGUAGGCCGAUAUGAUUUGUUGACUUAGUUAUCAAUUUAAAAAGUUCUGACCAUGUGGUUUGAUGUUUGAAGUUAUUUACUAGUGCUCCGUAUAUUAUGGUUCAUCAGUGAUACAGGAAACUGAGAAAUAGGCAAACACCUCCUAUAGUAGUAUAUUUUUAUUCAUGUGACUAGGAUUUGACAUUUUAAUGGGAUUGGAGGUGUUUGUAUCAUGGACUGCUGCAUGGAUUGCCAAAUGUCAUACCUAGAUGGGAUAUUGUGAGGGAAUUCAUCUUAGAGUGAAGCAUGGUGCUGCCCAGAUUAAAGGGGGAGUGGAGACUGCAGAUGUCUCCAUAGUAUUUCAAGAACUAUGAGUGAAAAAUAAAGGCCUAAACACUGAAA